AUGUCUGCAAUUAAGGAACGGAAACUCGCUAUUGAUGAAGUGCUCUCAGCGGACGUCAUCGCAGACUUGAAGCUCAACAACGACGCAUCUCGUCUCGUGUACUGUGUGCACCCUCACUAUAAGUCUGGUGAUCAUUCAACGUCUGCCCUAUGGCUUGCAGACACGGCAACCGCAGGCAGCGCGCGAAAACUCACGUCGGGUGUCUUCAAUGACCAGUCCCCACGUUUUCAUCUGACCUCUUCGCGAAUCUACUUUCUAUCCGAUCGUCACCACCUGGGUGGCUCUUCUCAUAUCUAUAGCAUUCCCCUCGAUGCGACACCCGACACGACACCAGAACGUGGAGCCGAUUUGGAGGACGCAGAGGCCGUCUCAGCGUUUUCCAUCUCUCCUGACGGAAACAGCCUCGCGUUCAUUAGCCAGUUACGAUCAAGCGACACGGGCGCAAAGGAACUCAUCUCUAUUUGGAGAGAGAAGAAAGAUCUAGCUUGCCUGCGUCUUCUCCAUUUACAGACCAAACACAUCCGCACCUUGGUGUCGGGAGAUGCGCACGUGGAUUCGUUCUCUUGGAGUCCGGAUAGCUCAUCUAUCCUCUAUCGCCUUCGCACUCAUGCAGAUCUGGAAAGCACCGCUUUUCCGGUCACUGAAGAAAUAGUGACCAUCGCAACGGGAGGAAUUAUAGGCGAUACAUUCAAGCACCCUCACUUGCCGGGCAGUGCGACUAUCUGGAGAGAGAAUGGAGAUUUCGUCUUUCUGCAGAACACAUCCUCCCGUCUCUUAUCUUCGCGGUCUGUCUGGCAACGAAAGUCGUCGUCGAGCCCUGUUUAUCUUGCAUAUGGAGAUGAAGAUGACGUCCUUAACAUCGUCCAUCUUGCAUCAGACUCGCGCUACGCCGUGAAAGUUGCGACCGGCCUCGAUUCAAAACUGGACGUAUUCGAUGCAGAUCACAAGUCGUUUACAGCGUUCGAGACUUUAGAUGAGGACAUAUCAAGCUGGGACAUCAAGUACGUGGAUGGUCGCUACAUAUAUGUUGCUGUCCGCAGUUCGGGAGUGAAGGGCGAUCCUCCUGAUGUCUGGUCAGGCAAAACAGAGCAUGGAAGGAGAGGACUCCUGACCAAGAAGUUAUCUUCCCAUCAUACCUGGCUAUCUCAUGAUAGGGCGCCGUACAGCGGACCCUUCUACUGGAGUGGGGUCGACGGGCACAGUCUGCAGGGUGUGAUGUCUCACCCGAGAGGCAUUGAACCUAAGAACAUGCCCACUGUAAUUGUCCCGCACGGCGGACCAACGGCCCGUGAUACAUUAAGCCUAUCAUUCGAGGAUUGGAGCUGGCGACAACUGCUAGCAUCUCAUGGCUAUCUCGUUCUGUCUCCAAACUAUCGUGGUAGUAUAGGGCGCGGGGAUGCGUUCGUGAAGCCCGCGAACGGUACCGUCGGCACGCUGGAUUGGGAUGAUAUUCAAACCAUGAUUGACGAGGGCGUCGGUCGCGGUCUGGUCGAUCCGCAGAAGCUCGCUAUCGCGGGCUACAGUCAAGGUGGUUUCCUCGCCGCGUGGGGUUGCACCCGACCCAACAACAUCUUCAAAGCUGGGGUGAUUGGCGCAGGUGUCACGGAUUGGGGUAUAUUGACGGCAACUUCGGACCUGCCUGACAUAGAGGCUGCAAUAGGCGGCGCGGCACCAUGGGACCCAAGGGAGCCGGUAUACCGAAACGGCAGUCCCAUCAAAGAUUGCAAGAAUGUCCGCACGCCACUUCUCUUGUUACAUGGAAAAGAAGACAAACGAGUGCCACUGACGCAGGCGAUUGCCUUCGUUCGUGGCGUUGCACGUGAAGCACCGGACAGCUUGGAUCCGCUCCUGGUGAUCUACCCCCGCGAGGACCAUGAUUUUAAGGAGCGUGCUAAUGCUGAGGAUGUUCUUCGACGACUAGUUAGACAUCUAGAUGCACACUUAAAGUAG